CCAGCUUUUAACAACCACUUUUAACUUUUAACAACAAUCAAAUCAGACAACAUGGGCAACGUCCAGCCCACCAUAGUCCCCUUUGAGGAUUUUGAUGUCACGGCUGAUAUAAAAGCCUUAAGACAAGCAUGUAAAGGUUUGGGCACAGAUGAAGAGGUUAUUAUCCAGAUCCUGGCCAACCGCUCUGCAGCUCAGCGUGUGGAAAUCAAACAGGCCUACUUUGAAAAAUAUGACGACGAGCUGGAGGAGGUUCUAAAGAAGGAACUCACAGGUAGCUUUGAAAAUGCCAUAGUGGCCAUGUUGGACGAGCCCCGCGUUUUCUUUGCCAAGGAGCUCAGGAAGGCCAUGAAAGGGGCGGGGACUGAUGAGGCUGUUUUGGUGGAGAUCCUGUGCACUGCUACAAAUGAGGAUAUCCUGAGCUACAAGGAAGCUUAUGCCCAGGUAAAUGAGCGAGACUUGGAGGCGGAUAUAGAGGACGAUACCAGUGGAGAUGUUAGGAACCUGCUUAUUUCACUGCUACAGGCGAGCAGAGAAGAAGGCUACGACGUAGACGAGGGAUUGGCCGAACAAGAUGCCAUUUCUUUGUUUGAGGCAGGUGAGGGCAGGUUUGGCACAGACGAGUCAACCUUCACCUACAUCCUGACACACAGGAACUACCUGCAGCUUCAGGCCACCUUUAAGGCCUACGAGUCUCUUUCAGGAACAGAUAUUUUGGACACCAUCGACUCGGAGGCUACAGGGACCCUCAAAGACUGCUACAUCACUAUUGUAAGGUGUGCUAAGAACCCGCAGCUCUAUUUUGCCCGCCGCCUGAAUGCUGCAAUGAAGGGCCUUGGCACUGAUGAAGACACACUCAUCCGCAUCAUUGUAGGCCGCUCUGAGGUCGACUUGGAGACAGUGAAGGAUAUGUACCUCGAGAAAUACGACAUCACCCUAAAAGAUGCCCUUGACUCGGAGUGUGGAGGAGACUUUAAGCGUCUUCUCUUGGAGAUCUUGCACUAAAUCACAGUCAAUUUGUCACCUGUCUUGUUCUACCAUGAAAUAACAAAAUCUACUCUAUCUACUCUACUGUUUUUAACACUUUACAAGUACUUCUUGUUACUCUGGUCUUUCUCCACGUUUUAGAAAUUUCACUUUACAGCACGGACCAAAAUCAACUCAAUAUAAUCCAGUUUAGUGUUCCACAUUACGUAAUUUUUACAGAUUUUGUUAACACUUUUAAAACUUUUUACAAUACCAUCUCAGUAUAAUAAAGCGCACUGUUAGUUACCAACAUGGAUGUAUUUUGGAACUAUAGAAGGACCAUAUUCACUUAUCAAAAAGUUAUCUGCCAAGUUACAGUACUCUAAUGCUUUUCUUUUUUAAGCUGCAAUCAUUAUGUGUUUUCUAUUACACAACAAGCAUGUGUCUCUCAUCUAUCAGUCACAUCACUAUUUAUUUUAACGAUGAACUUCAGAAGAUUAUAGCAAAUAAGGUUAGGUUCUGCUGCAACACAUAAGUGCCCCAAUAUCAUGCUCAAACCAUUAAAUUUAAAGAUGUUUGUUUAAUUGUUGGAACUUAUAAUAAACUAAACUUUACCUCAAAUACUCAGCUGUUUAUGCAAUUUGCUACAGGCUGGUUCUAGACUGAAUAAUUAACAAGAAAUUGAAGUGCUUUGAGUCGUUUCUUUGAGAGCUCACAUGUUGCCUUGUUACUAGAUUUACACACUGUUUUUGUUUUGCUUUUUGGUGCCUUGAGUAUUUACAUUCACUGCACAGAAAAUAAC